UCGAACGGUGGUUUCAUCUGAUGGUGUGAACAAAUAGCCAUUCAUCGCGCCUGCAGUUCACCUUGUCCACCUAUUGGGGGAAGCAUCACAGCCGAACAGCAUCCGUCGGUGACGGCGGUCGUCUGACCAAAACCUGAUGCGCGCACCCGUGGCCAAAAUGAAGGCACACAGGGGAGCUUCCGCUGCAGACAUGAAAUAAUAAAACUCGUUUCUGAAAAACGCGAAUCCCCUUACUGGACAAAAAUAAAUGCGACACCGAAUAAUAUUUUUUUUGGUCCUGCAGAAUGUCCAAGAUCAGGCGGAAGGUAACAGUGGAGAAUUCUAAAACCAUAUCUGACGGCAGCACAACCACCACCACCACCAGUAGCACCAGUAACCCCACUGCCGCCUCUCGCCGGCCAAGUGUGUUCGAAAGACUCGGUCCCAGCACUGGGAGUAAUGCUGCUGCUGACAGUCACUGUAGAAAUUGGCUGAAGACUGGUAAUUGCAGUUACGGCAACACUUGUCGCUAUACACAUGGAACUCAGCCACGAGGAAAAGGAUUUAGUUUUAGUCGGUCAGCAGAGAGGCCCACUGGUGAUCUGCGGGAGAGGAUGAAGAAUAAGAGACAGGAUGCUGACUCAGAAAACGUGAAGCGAGAUCUUGAAGAGCCGACGUCCCCCACUGUUAGACGGAGAGACUCCUCUAGAGGCCGACACAGGGAGAAAGAGGAUAUAAAGAUAACAAAGGAACGUACUCCUGCCAGCGAGGAGGAACCCACAGAGUGGGAAGCCAAUCGUGAAGACUCUGACAUCGGAGACUACGACUACGAACUAUCCCUAGAGAUGAAACGUCAAAAGAUUCAGCGGGAGCUGAUGAAGCUGGAACAAGAGAACAUGGAGAAGAGGGAGGAGAUUGUCAUCAAGAAGGAGGAGGCGCCCGCCAAAACACGAACCAGCAGCGCCUUGAAGCUCUCCCCUGAGCGAUCAAGCUCAAAAGGUUCACCCUCAUCCAGGAAGUCCGCCGGAUCUCCCAAACACAAAACUGGAACCAAAGCCUCAGGCUCUGGGAAGAAGGAGAAGAAGUUAGUGAUAGCCUCCCCUGUUUCAGACUCUGCCAGGUCCUCAAAAGGGAGCCACAAUAAAAAGAAAGGCCCUCGCACCCCCAGCCCCCCUCCCCCAGCCCCUGUGGAGGCUCCUGUGUUGGGAAAGAAGCACAAAGGCAAACACAAGAACAAGGAGAAGACUGAGGAGAAGCCCAAGGAGGGAAAGGAUCGCGGGCGGGAUGGAGAAAAACACAAAGAGAAGAAGGAGAAGCGCAGGGAACGUUCUGACAGCUCCCACAAGGCGAAACGUUCACUGACGUCAGAGGAGCGUUCCGGUAGCGUGUCGUCUCCUUCCAGGGACCUGUCGCCUCCUGUAAGGAAAAAAUCUCUAUCUCCCAAAGCCUCUCACAAGGCCCAGCCACCAGCGUCACCUCCCCGCAGGUCUGCCACUCCUCCACAUCACCAGCGAACACCUACCUCGCCCCGCCACCACUCCCCGUCCUCUCACUCCGGUUCCUCUGCCCAGAGGCAUUCUCCUUCCCCUCGCCGACGCCGCUCCCCCUCCCCUGCCUACCACCGUGAGCCUCCUGCCCUAGCUGCAGGCUCUCCCCCCCUGAGCUCCAGACGCUCCCGGUCACCACCCGCUUCUUCGCCCCACCGCCGAUCCGAGCGAUCCAGCCCUAGCCGACAACACUCCCGGAGCCGCAGUGAGCGGGAGAGGAGUCCGCCAGUCCAGGAACGCAGACACGAACGCCGAGACGAGAGCCGCAGUAGGAGAGACAAGGACAGCAGCCGGGAUGAGCGGGACUAUGAUACCGAGCAGACCUCGUCAAGGGACACCCGGGACGAACGGGAGGCCCGGGAGGGACGUGAGCGGCGGGACAACCGUGAGCGAGCAAGAGACAUGACGCGAGAGUCCCGGGACCACCGGGACAACAGGGAGCCUAACAAGGACUCCCGGGAGAGCCGGGCAGACACACGUUCUGGACGAGACUCCCUGGAGCGUCGCGACCGUGACAGGGAACGCGAGCGGGAGCGGGAGAAGGAGCGGGAGAAAGACAGGGAGCGAGAGAAGGAAAGGGAGAGGACAGAAACCCACAGGAAGGAGGAUACGGUCCAGGAGGACAGAAGCUAUGGAAGGGCUCAUGGGCGAGAGGAAGUGGGGAGAGGAGAAGGCAGAGGGGAGAACAGGGUGGAGAGCAGAGCAGAGAGGAAUGGACGAGGGCGGGGCCGCACUGCCGAGACCUCUGAGAAAGGCUCCAGCAGAACCUCUCGUGGCUCCCAACUAGAGAGUGGUCAUGACAGCUGGGAGUCGAGGAGCAGCAGUGUUCGGGAGAGGAGCGCUGAGCGCAGUGUGUCGGACAGGACUUCAGAGCGCGUUGCAGAACGAGACCGUUACGAGGCCGACAGGAGAGGGGAGCAGGCCCGAGAUGCCUCCUAUGACAGGAGGGGAGGGCACAGCGAACGGGAUCGCAGGGACAACAGAGAGAGAGAUCAACGACCGUCCUCUCCAAGCCGACACCAGGGAAGAGGGGAGGAGUCUGAGAGAGAGGAGAGGAGAGAGGAGCGCAGGGCAGACAGAGGGGAGGACAGACGAGAGGAGCGGGCUCGCGACCGGGAACGGGAGAGGGAGAGAGACCGGGAGCGGGAGAGAGAGAAGGAGAAGGAGCGAGAGAGGGAGAGAGAGCGGGAGAAGGAGCGGGAAAAGGAGCGGGAGAAGGAGAAGGAGAGGGAGGCCGAGAGGGAGCGGGCAAGGGAGAGGGAGCGAGAACGAGAGAGGGAAAGGGAGCGGGAGAGGGAGCGCGAGCGUGAGCGUGAGCGAGAGGAGCGCGAGCGAGAGAGGGAGGAGAGGGAGAGGGAGCGCAAGGAGCGUGAGCGGGAGAGGGAGAGAGAGCGGGAGCAGCGCGAGCGGGAGAGGCAGCGGGAAUGGGAGGAGCGGGAAAAGGGGAGGGACGAGAGGCGGGAGAGGAGAGAGGACCCCAGGGAGGAUCGCGCCAUUCGAGAAUCCCACGAGGAACGCAAGUCCAGUCGUAAGAGGCACAGGGUAGAGAGCAGUCCAAGCCCACGACCCUCACCCAAACGGGCGGCACGUGACCUGAGCCCAGGAGACAGUGACAGUUACAACAGCGCAGAAGAGAAAAGUGGGGAUAAACAUCGUCUACUGAGCCAGGUGGUGCGGCCCCAGGAGCCCCUGCUGCGUUCUCCCCCCAGGGCUCCUCCAUCUGACGAGAAGUCCUCCCGCUGGAAGGAUGAAGAGCGCCGAGGAGGGGACAAGCGGGAGGGUCGGAGCCGCCAUGAGGACCCAGAGCCCCGAGGCGAGCGAGGCAGAACAUCAGACCGAAGAGGAGAACACCUCUCCGACAGUGCCCAACCCGACUCGCGCAGCAGAGGCAGAGACCAGCGAGAGCCCAGUCCCCCUCCCCCACCCCCAGCUUCUGUCAGUGAGGACCGAGACACCACUCGGUCCCAGUCCCACGAGGAGGGAAAGAAGAAGACCAAGUCCCAGAGGAAGGGCCUGAAGAAGGGACGCAAGGAGGAGGAGACCAUCAGUGGCAGCAGCCUGGUCGGAGGAGUAGACCGUUUCAAUCCAGAGCCUCCAUCCAGUGGUCCCUCAGACAGCCAACUGCCCCUGCAUUCUCCCCGCAAAGCAGUCAAAAAGAAGGCAAUAGACCGGAAAAGGAAGCGGUCUCGAGGAGAGUCCGAUGUGUCUGAGGAGGAGCCAUUGACCCAUCAGCCCCCUGGUAAGAGAAAACGUGGCCCCCGGACGCCACCACCAUCGAUGAGGCCAGACCACCGGGCCACUGGGGGCAAUGCAGAGCCCUCGCCCCUGCCAAAGAUGGAUGCCAAUUUCAGUGACUGGUCAGAUGAGGAGGUCAUGGAGCGAGGAGGAGGAGGGGAGAUGACCAUAGUGCCCCCAGCUCCUGCUGAGAGGACUCCUGCUGAGCCACUUAGGAGGGGAGGUGGUCCCAGGGGCUGCAGGGACCGGGAGCGGGGUAACCCCCUGCCAAUUGCCCCUCUCCUGCCGCAGGAGCCCCCCAUGCUGCUCCAGACUCUGCCCCCACAGCCUCUCAUGUCCCAGCCGCUACUCCGCAAGCCGCCCCCAGAACAGCCACGCAGCAGUAGCCUAGGCAGCAACCAGAGCCGUACAUCGUCUAGACGCCUGCGCUCACCCUCCAAUGAAUCGACCCACCGAGACGACCCCCAGGGCCCUAGAUCCCGCCGGGGCCGACUGCAGGGUGCCAAUUCCCGUGACAGGGACCGAGAGAGAGAGAGGGAGAGGGAACGGGAGAGAGAGAGGGAGAGGCCAGUGGUGGCCGAUCCCCCAGGGACAGAGAGGAAGUCUCGGAUCGACCAGCUACGGAGAGGAGAGCCUAGCCGCAGUACCUCGUCAGACCGACAGGACUCCCGCAGCCACAGUUCCAGGCGCAGCUCCCCAGACUCGGAACACCAGGCACGCUCACGGUCCCGUGCUGGCUCCUACGACAGCCGGGAACGCGAGAGAGAGAGGGAGGUGUUCGACCGGGAGCGAGAAAGGAAGGACCUCCGGCCUCAACAGCAGCAGCAGCAGCAGCCGCCACAGCAGCCGCCCCUCCUCCUCCAGCAACCCCCACCACAGAGAGACUGGGAGCCUGAGCCCAGAGAGUGGGUUGGACGGGGCCGCGAACCCCUGCUGAUGCGGCCAGGCCGCGAACCUCUCCUGAGGGAGCGGGACCUGCGGGACAGGGAACGCCUGCUCCCAGAGGGGCUGAUCCAGCAACACGAGCGGGAGAGAGAGAGAGAGAGAGAGAGGGACAGCAGGAUCGAUAGAGUUGACCGCGGGGAGAGGGAGAGGAUGAUGAUGCUUGACCUGCCACCCCACAGUGAGCCCCGCGUUCAGGGCCGAGGGGACCUGAGGAGCGAUGUGAGAGGAGAUCUGAGGGGUGACGUGAGAGAUCUGCGGGGUGAGGUGAGAGAUCUGCGGGGUGAGGUGAGAGGAGAUCUACGGGGCGAGGUGAGAGGAGAUCUGCGGGGCGAGGUGAGAGGAGAUCUGCGGGGCGAGGUGAGAGGAGAUCUGCGGGGCGACGUGAGAGGAGAUCUGCGGAGCGACGUGAGAGGAGAUCUGAGGGGCGACGUAAGAGGAGAUCCGAGGGGCGAAGUGAGAGGAGAUCCGAGAGGCGACGUGAGAGGAGAUCUCAGGAGCGACGUGAGAGGAGAUCUGAGGGGCGACUUGAGAGGAGAUCUGAGGGGAGAUCUAAGGGGAGACCUGCGCGGGGACAUUAUGAUGAGGCAAGAGAGGAGUGACUACGAACCCCUGCUACCCAGAGAAGCCUUCGGCUUGGAGCCUGAGAAGCCCAGCAACAGUCACCAUGCCAUGGGAGAUCAACGGGAGUUGGAUAAGGCAGAUAGUAUUGAUGGAGAAGAGGAUGGGAAGGAAGAUGACAGCCAGUCAGUGGCGUCAGGUGGAGAGGAGUACGAACCAAUCAGUGAUGAUGAACUGGAUGAAAUACUGGCUGACAGUCAGAAGAAAGAAGAUCAGCAAGAUGAAGAGAAGAUUACAGGUCCUCUGGACGUGAUCGAUGUGGACUGGUCCAGCUUGAUGCCCAAGCAGAAGCAGGAGCCACGGGCGGCAGGAGCAGCCCUUCUCCGCUUCACGCCAGGUGCCGUGCUCCUCAGAGCGGGGGUCUCCAAGCGGCUGGCAGGGCCCGAGCUGCUGGAGCAGGUCAAGGAGGUGUGCAAGACCGAACUGGAUGACCCCAAAGAUGCAGACAAACUGUUUGAGCAUGACCUGGGUGCCCUGAACAUGGCCGCCCUGAACAGGCGCGUGGAGAGAGCAGGUCUACUGAGGAACCUGGGGCCCUGCUGCAAGGCCCUGUGCGCCCGCAGAGACUUCGCCAUCCGCCGGCAGCUGCUUAAAAACGAGAAGGGCCUGACAAAGCAGAUGUACCCCACUACCCCAGUGGUGGACAACGAGCUGCUACAACUCAGCAUGCGACUGUUUAGGAGGACUAUGGCAGGCCAGGCUUCAGGCCCAGAGCGGCCUGACAGCGGACCACCCACAACAACAGCAGCAGCUGAUGUAACUGCAGCCAGCAGCAGUAAGCCCAGCUCAGCUCAGCCUGAGGUGUGUGUGUCCUAAGAGGAAUGGGCUUGAGUAACAUGCAUGAAAGUGAAGCAUAUGCCUUUGCUUCUUUUAGUCCCUGACUGCCCCCGAGGCUGUCCCCUUCAACAUAGAUUGUUAUUUAAUCAUUGUGGGGGACUGGGCAAAUUUCAGAAGUUUUCUUGAUAAGAUUUUUUUUUUCUGGGAUUGAUCAGCAGAAUGCAGUGCCAUAGACUAUUUGGAUACACUAGCCUAUGGAGUUGUGUAAGAGGCCUUGUGAGUAGAAAUGAAAGAAACAUGUACAGAAGAGACAUAAAAUGCACCCUUAAAUUUCUUGUGGUUCUUUUGUGCAAUGCCUAUUUUUAGAGCAGCUUUUUAAGUGUCAGUUCCCUCUACCUAAACCAUUGGUUCUCAACCCAGUCCUCAGGGACCCCCUGUACUGCUGUUUUUCUAUUAUACCCGGUAGUUAAUUAAAUUCACCUGUUGUGAUUAGAUGGCAGGAAUACCUGACACAACACGUGAAUUCCUCAGGGGGGGUCCCUGAGGAAUUCUAAAUUGUUCUGUUAUGUUGUGCAUUGGUCGCUAAAUCUGUGCAUUAAAAUGGUUAGAUGUUGAUUUUUGUAAUGGGUCUUUUGCUUUGUAUGAUGUCACUGUUCAGCUUUCAAAUAAUGUGAUCCUUGAUGGCUUUGUCUUUUGUCUUCAGUUAUGUUUACACCAUAUCAAAAAACAUGUGUGCAGCCUUUUGUUACAGUGAAGUUACUGACCAAUGGCACUGAUAUCCUGGAAGGACUUCAAUGAAUGUUUCCAAUGCAUAAGCACUGCCAAACUAGUCCUUCCUUGAAUGUAAUUUAUUACAGUUGUUAGUCUGGGGAGACAUUCCUGAGAACUGCGCUUUACAUGACGUAUGGUUUGGCAGUGUCUUCCCUGAGAUGAACUGAAAUCACCAAACUAGGGACUGCCGAGCAGCACAACAGAGUUCCAACACUGCCAUGGGGGAUUCCUAUCUUACACUCACCAGCCCACACCUAGUGAAAAGGAAGCCUACCAUUCUAAAAAGAAAUCUCCAAGUAGGAAAAAUACCAGACUGUAUAGAUGACAUGACUGAACAAACUAUUAGUUCUAAUUUCAGAUCUUUGCCUGGGCAUGUGUACCAGUGGUUGACUGUGCAGUUAUUCAGAGUACGUCACAAAUGAGAGACUUGAACAGGUGGUGGAACUUGGAAUUUUUGGGAUACGGUUGUACCAAAGUCAUUGGCCCAGCAAAUGACACUAUAAAAGCAGGUUUUGCAUGCUGAGUCAACACAAGGCUGAAGGAAUACAUUGACUUCAGUAUUCUACUGAACACAGUAAUGAGUAGAAUUAGUGCUGGGGGAGGUAGGAGUAACACUGGGACAAUAUGCCAUUUAAACACAACGGUUAAUUGCAAGUGACAUUACAGACAUUUAACAGGGCUUUGGAUGUUAUAGCCCAGGAUAUUCAAUUUUGACAACAAGCGGUGUUGGAAAGUACUUGUUUACUAUGUAUCUGUCGUAGAUUUAAGCUGAAUUUUGGGACUUGAGUAACGAAUUCCGGUGUUUCCCCUGAA